UCAGCAUCCUCCCACACCCAGAGAGGAGAGACCGAACCACCGGGACAUCCUCAGGAUCUCUACGUGAAAGAAACAGCUAAUGAAAUGAACACCUGAACAACCGGAAUCUAGAGACGAAGAUUUCAAAAGGAGAAUAUUCGGCUGCUAUAGUGGAGAUAUUUCGCUUCUGACACACCGAUAGACGAGAGACUCUCCGCCAUGCAGCACUACGGGGUGAACGGAUACUCUCUGCACGCCAUGAACUCUCUGAGUGCCAUGUACAACCUCCACCAGCAGGCGGCGCAGCAGGCCCAGCACACACCGGACUACAGGCCCUCCGUGCACGCGCUUACUCUGGCAGAGAGACUGGCUGACAUUAUCCUCGAAGCCCGGUAUGGCUCCCAGCACCGAAAGCAGCGGCGCAGUCGGACCGCGUUCACCGCCCAGCAGCUGGAGGCCCUGGAGAAAACCUUCCAGAAGACCCACUACCCCGACGUGGUGAUGCGGGAACGCCUGGCCAUGUGCACCAACCUGCCCGAGGCCCGCGUCCAGGUCUGGUUUAAGAACCGCAGGGCCAAGUUUCGUAAGAAGCAGCGCAGCCUGCAGAAGGAGCAGCUGCAGAAACAGAAGGAGGCGUCCGGAGCUGCAGAGGGCUCCACAGAGGAGUCCAAGACUGAAACCACCGCCAGCAGCAGCACCACCCUGGUUCCUGAGACCGCCCCCCCUCCAUCCUCCUCCUCCUCAUCCUGCCCGUCAGACACUGCUCGGCCGCAGCCAGGAGAGACGAGCGUGGAAGUGAACGUCACCUCUCCUGAGCCGUCGGACAGCGAGUCAGCAGCGGAGGAUAACGCUGACGGAGAGGAGGACGAGAUGAGAGGGGAGACGAGGGGGAAGAGCAGGGAGGAGACGCGGGGGGAGGGGGGGGCGCAGCCGGGGAGCAGCUCCCCAAUCUGCAAACAGCUGAGCCCCAGACCAGACUCCCCCCUGAUCUCCCCCCCCUUGCCGUCCUCCAGCAGCGUCACCAGUGGUCUGGCUCAAGGUAACUCCUACGCCUCGUCUCCGCUCAGCCUCUUCCGGCUGCAAGAGCAGUUUCGGCAGCACAUGGUCGCCACCAACAACAUGGUGCACUACCCGUCCUUCGAGAUGACCCCGCCCCCCCCCAUGCCCUACCUCGGCAUGAACGUCAACGUGCCGUCCCCCCUGAGCUCGAUGCCCUGCCCGUCCUACUACCAGACGCUGUCGCAGGCCCAGCAGGUGUGGAGCAGCCCUAUGAUGCAGGGGGGGCCAGGAGGUCUACCCGGGAGCCUCAACAGCAAGACCACCAGCAUCGAGAACCUCCGUCUGAGGGCCAAGCAGCACGCAGCCUCGCUGGGAUUGGACACGCACCCCAACUGAAGCUCGGGCUCAGCAUUCGCCCUCUAGUCAGGGCCGCACCGAUGAAUCAUGGGCCCUGUUUGCAGGAGGUGACUCUGGGCCCCUGUUUUCUUUCUGCUUGCUGCUUCACCGUCGUCAGCAGCUAUUUGUACCAAUCCAAACACAUCCAAAAAUAUUCAUUAUAUUUAGAUUUAUAUUUAAGCUUCUGGGUGCUACCCUAAUGUUAACUCCCAUGUCCUCUGUUUAAAACUGGGAAAAUUACACAUUUCUGCUUGUAGUUCAACAAUAAACGGCUGAAGUUUUGUUUGCAGUUUUCCAAAGUUGAACUAAAUCCAAUUUCCAAACCAGAGCAGUGAACCAAAACAGUAGGAAAAUAUUGUUUUUCAGCAAACAUGAAGGCCAUUAUACGUGUUUUAGAGCAGGCACUUUAGGCGCACUCCAUUUGGGGCAGAGAGUUUUUGAUGCACCUCUUCACCUCAUUGUCACCAUGUGGGCAUGCUGCUCAGCGCUGGGAGCAAACCAGGACUGGAAGAACAGCUCUGUUGGAUAGACUUAACUGAAAAUGUAAUUCUCACAAGAACUCAAUGGAUUUAAAGAAAUCCCACCUGGACUGCAGUUGUGACAUUUAGCCCGUGGAUCCUAUGCUAGUAUUUGACUUCUCCCGGUCAACACAACAAGCCAACUCUACUAAAAAGAAGCUGAUCAGAAAGAGUUCAUCGUCCUCCGUGAAGUCAGGGACAAAAGUCUCGAAACCAGAGCUGAUUUAAGGACAGAUAUAAGAUUUUAAAAUAUUCCAUAAUUCAACCCCUGAACGUGAACUAUGCAUGCACGCACCCCUCUGAAGCAUGGCUUGAAGCCGCAAACACAGAAUGAAGUCACAUCUGAUCUGAUAUCAGAGAUUAAGCUGAAAUACCUCAUUCUAAUCCCCCACACAACUGUAUUUCUUUGUAGAUGACACACCACUCUCCUUGUUUAAAGUUACAGCUGAGUCCAUUGAGCGUUGUAAAUAUCCCUCAGUGUUCACCUCCAUCUGCCUGGCUAAAAAAAUAUCUCCAUGUCUCCUUUUGUGUGAAGGAUUUGAGAGGAAACGUUCAAUUUAUUAUUUUCCAAUCGUGGCUUUAAGCAAAGGACCUACGGCAGCAUUUAAAUAAGGGGAAAAUCUGCAGAGGAGGCACAGUGACAAAUGAAUAUGAACACAUCAGCUGACGAAUAUUUGUGUGAACUCGGUGCCGGACCACUUUAGCUGAGCUUCAGCAGAAAGCACACAGGCCCAUUCUCUAUGUAUUAUAUCACUGUAGAUUCAAGAAAUGUAUUUCUCAAUUGUUUAAAAAUGUGAGUAAUUUAUCUGUUUAUUGCAAGGGAAUAAAUCACACUUAAGAAUGA